AAGUUUUUCGCAGUUUUUCUGGACUGCAAUAUUAUUAUAGUCAAUGCGUAUUUACUAGUCAGAAUCAUUGCAGCAGUUUAAGAAGUUGAAGUAGUUCUGCUCGUAUACUGUUUUAUGUAUCUAAUUUAAAGUAAAAGAGAGAUAGAAAUGUCACAAGAAACAACUUUAUUGCAUUGUUAUAAUCGUGGUUGUGGAAAAAAGUUUGAUCCAAAUGAUAAUAAAGAAGGAGAUUGCAUUCAUCAUCCUGGUCAUCCAGUAUUUCAUGAUGCAUAUAAAGGCUGGUCUUGUUGCAACAAAAAAUGUACAGAUUUCACAGAGUUUUUGAACAUUAAAGGCUGUACAAAAUCAUGCCAUUCAAAUAUUAAACCACCAGAACCAGAAAAACCUGCUGUUGACAAAUCAAAAACUAAUGAAGUAAUUGAAGUAACAGCUCAAGACAUUUACAUUGAAAAACAGCUUAAGUUAGAAAGACCUCCUUUUGAGACUCCACAAGUUACUUUGAAACCUAAUAUAUCACCUGCAUUAUUAGAACAAAUUAAAGGGUUAACAUCUUCUGUAUCAGAAAAUGUGCCACAAACUAAAGUUCAAAUUGGACAAAGCUGUAAAAACAAUUCAUGUAAAGUUACAUAUAAUGGUCCUGCGUCUGAUAAUGAAGUAUGUAAUCAUCAUCCUGGGUUUCCUAUUUUUCAUGAAGGAUUGAAAUAUUGGUCUUGUUGUCAAAAGAAAACUACAGAUUUUUCCACAUUCUUAGAACAACCAGGAUGUUCACAAGGAACACAUAGAUGGAUUUCUGAGAAUACUGGUAAAAAAGUUAAAUGUAGAAUGGAUUGGCAUCAAACAGGGACAUUCAUUGUAAUUUCUGUUUAUGCAAAGAAAUACCAACCAGACCAAUCAACUGUUAAAUUGAAUCCUAUACGAUUAACUCUGGAUUUAUUUUUUAUUGAAGAAAACUCUAGAUAUAAUCUUGAUUUAGAAUUGAGAGGGGUUGUUGAUGUUACACAAAGCAGUGUUAAUAUGCUUCCAACUAAAGUAGAAAUUAAAUUGAAAAAAGCUGAACCUGGAUCAUGGCCAAAAUUAAAUUUUCCUAGAGCAAGUGAAGCAGAAGCUGAAGAAAAUCAACAAAAUGAUGAAAAUAUUAGUGCACAAGUGCAGGCUGUUGAUCUCAGUGAUCUUUAAAUGUCCAUAUUUAAUUGUUUCAUUAAGGAUAUUGUAAAGGAUGGACCUAUUUUGUAUUUAAAAAUAAUACUUUCGUUUGAAAGUAAAA